AUGUCGACUCUUGUGGAUUACCCGACCUUUUCUGAGAGCCCGUUCUUCUUCGACAGGCGCAAUCUGCACAUCCCUCAGGAGGAAGCCAAGCACAUCCAGGAUCACUCUAAACCGACUGUAUCAUAUUACUUCCCGAAGGAUGUAGGCAACUAUCACUAUGGCGAACGGCACCCGAUGCGUCCGCAUCGUCUGAUGUUGACUAAUAACCUUGUUCUAGGCUAUGGGUUACACAACAACAUGGACAUGUACAACCCGAGGAAGGCUACCGAGGACGAGCUGCGCGAGUUUCACGAUGCGGAUUACGUCGAGUUUUUGAAGCGCGUGACGCCAAAGAACGCCCAGCAACUCACCAAGGAUUAUACGAUGUAUAAUAUUGGAGACGACUGUCCUAUCUUCCACGACCUGUUUAACUUCUGCAAGCAGUAUGCUGGCGGAUCACUGGCAGCCGGCCGAAAACUCAGCCAGGGCGGCACCGACAUUGCGAUCAACUGGAGUGGUGGAUUGCAUCACGCGAAGAAGGGCGAGGCGAGUGGUUUCUGCUACGUGAACGACAUUGUGCUAGCCAUCCUCGAGCUUCUUCGCUACCAUCCUCGCGUGCUCUACAUCGACAUCGACAUCCAUCACGGUGACGGUGUGCAAGAGGCAUUCUAUCUGUCGAACCGAGUCCUGACCGUUUCGUUCCACAAGUACGCCGUCGACUUUUUCCCCGGAACAGGCAACCUGAGCGAGAUCGGAUCCAACCUCGGCAAGCACUUUGCGAUCAAUGUGCCCCUACUCGACGGCAUUGACGACGAGAGCUACAUCUCGCUGUUCAAGAGCGUCAUGGAGCCCACUAUCACGACGUACCGGCCAUCAGCAAUCGUGCUGCAGUGCGGCGCAGACUCGCUCGGAUGUGAUCGUCUCGGAACAUUUAAUCUUUCGAUUGCGGCCCACGGCGAGUGCGUGCGGUUUAUCAAGACCUUCGGUCUUCCUCUCCUUGUUCUGGGCGGCGGUGGCUACCGACAAAGCUCCGUCUCGCGAUGCUGGGCGUACGAGACAGGCGUGUGCAACGGUGUCGAGCUGCCGAAGGAGCUGCCGCCGAACAAUUACUACGAGUUCUUCGGCCCCGACUACUCUCUGCAUCCACCAUUGUCUGGUCACAUUCAGAACCUCAACACGCGGCAGUCGCUGGAGCGCAUCCGCGUUUCUAUCCGCGAGAAGCUGCGGUAUCUGAAUGGCGCACCGAGUGUGCAGAUGCAGGAGAUUCCGCCGGACCUGCAGGGUUUCCUCGAAAGUGAAGAGCGGAAACAGGAGGAGGUCGAUGAGGAGAUGAACAACGGCACAGCGGGCGAGGACCGAAGCGACGGCCCGCAAAAGCGCAACGAGUAUUUCGACCUCGAGGUGGGCGGUGACGGCCACGGUGCAAGUGGAGUCGAGCAGCAGACUUCGCGAGGCAAACGGACAAUCCGAUUCUAG